ACGCUAGCGUGUUCCAAUGUUUAUAUUUUCAAUUUUGUACACACUAGACACAGUAACUUAUCACACUCACACUACUCACAGUAUUGUAGUCAUUGUAGAUCUAGAUUCUAUAGUCUAUAGAGUGACUAUAGACAAAAAUCUAGAUUCUAUACCUAAAGUUAAUAGAUCUAGCGACUAGAUCUAAUCAUAACUAAUCAUAUAAGAUUCUGUGGUUCCAAUCAUGUCUGGGUUUGAAUUGAACACCAAGUGGGAUGUUGACAAGACAGCUGAGACUUUAAACAAUUCACUGUUUGGCAAGUCCAGAGCUAAGGGUAAGAAAAACAAAUCCAAAACAAAUUUGUCCAAGGGCAGGUCAUUCCAGACAAAUCAAGGUGCUGAUAGUGACGAUGAACAACUUUCUAAGAAGGAAAAGAAAAAGUUAAAAGAAAGAAGACGAAAGUUAAAGAAGACCCAGGCAUUGUCUGGUCAAGUUCAACAAAAUCUACAUCGAAAUGCUGGUACCAAACAAAAAAUUGAUACUGGUAUUAAUAAUAAUAAGCAUAAAACGGAAAACAAAGUUGAAGCCAAUGUUAAAUCUAAGAAGAAACACAAGAUCAAAACUAAUGACAAACUGGCAAACAAAAAUGAACCAGAUAAGGACUUACAUAGUGGCAGUUUUCAAUCUGGUGAGAAAAAGAAAAGAAAAAGAUCACUUUCAAAAGAAUCAGACUCAUCGUUUACCACGCCCAAAAAACUCAAAUUAGAUCCAUCAGUUAGCACAGCAAGCAACUCGGCAGUAAGUGCUAGUGAAGGGCCUAAGAGAAAAAACAGGAAGAAAAAAAACACAAGCAGAAAAAACAGAGAAAAACACCUGGCACUAAAAAAUAAAAUUAAACCUUCUUUAGCGGUGAUCAACAGGGAGGUGAAAGCAGAUGGUUAUCAAGCGGAUACAAGCAACACAAUCAUUUCUGAUUGCAAUGUGCUAAAUAAUACUUCAGGUAAACAAAGUCUUAAAAACAUUGAGAAAAAGAAUAAAAAAUUAUCAAAGGAUUUCAAAGCUGAUAAAACUCUUGGAAAAGAAAAGAAUGAAUUAGAAAAUGGCACAUCUGGGAAUAACAUCUCAAAUUCUCACAAAAGAAACAAAAAAUCUUUAAAGAACAGUAGCCUAAAUACUACUAUCCAUGUUAGUGAAAAUAGCUUUCAGGAGGAACCUAAUUAUCAAAAGAAGAAAGACAAAAAUGAAAAUCAAGCUAACGAUGAUUUAUCUGAUAAAAAGAAAGACAAAAAGAAAAAGAAGAAAAAAAGCAAAAGUUUAUCAAACCAAGCAGACAUAGAAAGCUUACAAGCAGACGCAGAAAGCUUACAAGCUAACGAAUCACAAAGGAAUGGUAAAUCUUCUAAAAAGAAUAGCACUGACUCUGUUCAAAAGAUAAAAUCAGAAAACGUCAAAAAAGAACACUUAGAACAGAAUGGCUUCAAAAUUUCCGCAGAUAUGAACUCUUCUAACUCAGAGCAUUCACUAUGGGGCAGCACGUCGCUUGGGUCACAGGCCAGAGAUAAGUUGAAAUCUGCACGAUUUCGUUUCAUCAAUGAGCAGCUCUACACUUGCACCGGGGCAGAGGCACUAAAAAUGUUUCACUCAGAAAAAGAAGCUUUUCAGGUUUAUCAUGAAGGCUAUGAGAACCAAGUUACUAAAUGGCCAGUCAAUCCUGUAGAUAUUUUAAUUCGACAAAUUAAAAGCAAGCCCACAAAUUUAGUGAUAGCAGACUUUGGUUGUGGGGAUGCCAAACUGGCGGCGAGUCUCCCCCAUAAAGUUCAUUCUUUUGAUUUGGUGGCAACGAAUGACAGGAUUACAGCAUGUGAUAUGUCAAAGACCCCAUUACCAAAUGAAAGUGUUGAUAUUGCAGUAUUUUGUCUUUCACUGAUGGGAACUAAUAUUGGUGACUAUAUUCUUGAAGCUAAUCGUGUUUUAAAAAAUGGAGGUCUUCUCAAGAUUAUUGAAGUUGUGAGCAGAUUUAAAGGUGUGAGUGAAUUUAUAGGCGGCAUUUACAAACGAGGCUUUCAGUUGUUACAUAAGAGAGAUGUGAAUGAAAUGUUUUACCAGUUGGACUUUAAAAAAAUCAAGACAAUGAAGAAAUCCUUACCCAUUGGACCUUUAACAUUGAAUCCAUGUCUUUACAAGAAAAGGUGACAGAAUCAAGGGAAAUAAUUGUUAUAUUUACUGAAGUAUUUUAAUAAAAUGUCAUUACUAAAAAGUA